AUGCUCCUAGAGUUGUCUUUUGGGGCUGGAUCUGGAAAUGUGUGGACGUCUGUGCAGGUUGGGCACAUAUCUUGCAAUUUAACCUUCUUAGAGCUCGGUUACGUUGUUGUGGCCGAAAAUGUUGUUGGCCUUGAGGACGCUUACACUGCAUCAGACCGGCUGGCCUUUGAGAAGAUCCUCUACGAACGCAUUCGAGAAGUGGCACUCGCAGUGUGCCAACCAAAGGUGGCAACCGCGGAGGAGGCAACCUCUCUCAGUCGCAGUACCAAUGAGACAUCUAGUGAUGCUGAGCUCCUAGAGUACAACACCCUGCUCAACUCACUUUUUUCCGACUUUGAGGCCUUUCUGGCGCGUGCAAAUUGUGAGAAGCCAGCGAAAGCUGCAGCCUCCGCUACCGCUACCAACGUGGCCGUCGCCAAUACAAUUCCCGAGCAGGCCCAUGCGGACUCCCUGGCUACUCUCAACGCCCAUCUGACCGACGUUUGCCCGAAAGUGCGCACCCCAUGUGGUCGCGUCUUCAAGGUGUUGGAGCCAACUUUUCGAUGCAAGUGCGUUCCAUCUGCCUUGUCUCUCAUACUCCUCCUGCUGCUUUCAUAUUGA